AUGAGGUUCAGCUGCGCUACCCCUUCCUUAAUUUUGCUGCUUGUGGCCAUUGUGUUUUUCGUCUUGUCCAUCUGUACCGCCCCCCUUUCCAAGAAAAUUGGUCUCUCCAAAUCUGACGAUGUCCUUUUUGGUACCUUUGGAUAUUGCAAGGGUGACCAAUGUAGCAAAACUAUCGUUGGCUAUAGUUUGGAUUAUUUGAAUGAUCAUGCCUCUUCCGGUUUCCGUACCUCCACUACGGUCCGUCAAAGAGCUUCUUACGGUCUCGUCUUGAUUCCGGUCGCUGCUUGCAUUUGUGCUUUUGCCACAAUCUUGCUUUUGUUUGCUCACAUUGGCCGUAUCUCCCGUUCCCCUGGCUUUUUCAAUUUCGUCGCUAGUAUCAUCUUCUUUAAUGUUUUCAUUACUGCCAUCGCCUUCGUCAUCUGUGUAAUUACUUUUGUUCCUCGCAUUCAGUGGCUUUCAUGGCUUGUACUUGCAAAUGCCGGAAUUCAAUUGAUUGUUCUCUUCUUAUUGUUGAUUGCCCGUAGACAGGCCGUCAAGGCCCAAGCCAAGCAUAUUCGCCGCUCCCAUGCCGAUAGCAUGGCUUACAAUCCUUACUCUCUUCAAAACAACAGCAACCUCUUCUCUACUUCCUCCCGUACUGGUGACCUUCCCAAGUUUGCUGAUUAUAGUAUGGAGAAGCCUGCCUACGACUCUCUUCCUGAUUACGAUAAACUUUCUCACAAGCGUGGUGAUUCUCUUACGAAAUUGAAACCUACUUUAAGUGGUGACAGCCGUUCGUUAUCCUCAUACACUCCUGAAGCUGCUCCUCAGUCAUCUGGAUUCAGAUUUCCUUUUAUGCGCAACAGCAGCAAACAAAAUGCUCCCGAAAAUCCUUUCAAAGAUCCCGAAAACCCUUUUAAGGACCCACCUCCAAAUCCUUGGUCUAUUGAAGACAUCAAACCUCCGAAGUAA